AAGCAAGAGCCUUAAGUAUAUAUAGCCCAGUUUUUCAUGUAUAUAUGCAUAGCUAUAGCUGGUAUUGCUUGGUGCAUUUACUCUGCAUACAUCAGUUUGCUCACUUUCUGCUGCGAAAGCAUCUUCAACCUCGGUACGAUUGAUCAAGCUGCAGAGGAACAUCAAUCAACAUGGAUGUCGCCGCUGUGGACAAGAAGAAGAAGGUGCUGCUGGCGGAGGGGCUGUUGCUCCCGGUGAGCAUGGUGCUGGUGCAGGCCUUCACCAUGGGAACCCUCAUCCUGUCCAAGCUUGCCUUCAACGUCGGUAUGGCGCCUUUUGUCCUCCUCGCCUACCGCAACCUCAUCGGUGCCAUCACCGUUGCACCCUUCGCCUUCUACUUUGAGAGGGAGAUGAUGAAAAAGGUGAACUUGAAGGUAUGGGGCUGGAUCUCCAUCAACGCUUUGUUUGGAAUUGUGCUAGCAAUGGGACUGCACUACUACGGCCUGCGCGCCACCAAUGCGGCCUACACUGUCAAUUUCCUUAAUGUGAUCCCUGUUGUCACCUUUAUCAUUGCUAUAAUACUCCGAGUAGAGCGGCUGAAGAUUGGCACAUGCCCAGGCAAGAUGAAGGUCAUCGGUGCGGCGAUUUGCGUGGGGGGGACCAUGGUGAUCAGCAUGUACAAAGGCAAGCUGCUGCAUCUCUGGCCUACCCACCUGCUGAAACCGCAGCUGCAGUCGGUUGGUGCGGCAUCCUCUGUCCCUGACCACCACAACAUGCUCAUCGGCACACUGUUCUUAGCCGGCAGCUGCCUCAGCUACGCCUUCUGGUUCAUCAUACAGGUUCGAGUGUCCAAGGAGUUUCCGUCCAAGUACUUCUCGACAAUGCUGGCGUGUGUGUCGGGGACCGUGCAAGCGGUGGUGAUCGGGGUCAUGCUCGACAGGCGUCCAAUGGCAUGGGCGCUCAAUUGGAAUCUGCAGCUGCUCACCGUCGUUUACUCGGGGGUGUUCAACACUGGCAUCACCUUUUGCUUGAUCUCGUGGGCCGUGUCUCGUCGCGGGCCAAUAUAUCCUUCCAUGUUCAACUCGCUGUCGCUGAUAAUCACCACGGUCCUUGAUUCGGUGCUGCUUGGGACCGAUGUGUCUGUGGGGAGCUUGCUGGGAGCGCUGCUGAUCAUCAUCGGGCUGUACGCAUUCCUCUGGGGGAAAGGGAAGGAAACGCAAGAGCAGCGCAAGCAAACCAGAGAGGCGGCGAACGGAAACGGGAGCGCGGCGGGUAAUGGGCUGGACAGCGUGCAGGUUGGGAAGCACGAGGUGCGAAUUCACGUGGAAGUGAGCUAGCUAAUUAUACAGACACAUAUAUAGAUAGUAUUGGCGCAGAAGGCAGAUGAAAGGAGUCAAGUCAAGAUGAACAAAUCGCUGAGAUCAGAUGUACUCCCUCUGUUCUGAUUUACUCGUCGUGAACUAAAACCACGACGAGUAAAUCGGAACGGAGGGAGUAUAUACAUAUGUAUGUAUGUCUUAUGCAGACUCUUAUUUUCGAGAUAAGAACAACUCUAA